AGAGUAAAGUCCAGCAGAAAUAUAUGAGAAUAUCACCCACUCACAACCGCACACAUACCCUUACACAUUCAGUGAGAGGAAGGAAGAGAGACAUUGAGCAUGUGUGUGAGAGAGAGGUAGAGAGAGAGAGAGAGAAAACAGAAGGGAGGGUGGUACUGUAGCUCUGUCAGACGGAUAUUGUGAGGCAGUGCAUCCUUCUGGAUAUCAAACACAAACCUUUAGGACAUCUAGAGCAGAGCCGCGCUGGAAUCACGGACGUUUGCUUGCUUUAUUCGGGGAAACAGGGGGGUUCGCCUCUUGGCAGUCAGCAGUGGAGAUGCUCCUGUAAUUGGAUUCAGCUGGAAAGGCUUCAAACCACAAGGAGAUCUGCUGAAGUGUCAGCGGCUCGGUAACGCAGGCUGAGAGCAUAGUAAAUUCUCAUCAUUCUCUUUAUUCGGCAAUCCUUCCUCUUUCUCCCCGUCAGCAGAAGAGUUUCUGUUGAACACACAGAUCCUGGCAAUGGGUGAUAAAGGCACAAGGGUGUUCAAGAAAGCAAGUCCAAAUGGAAAGUUAACUGUGUAUCUUGGUAAGAGGGAUUUUGUUGACCAUGUGGACCUUGUAGAGCCAGUUGAUGGUGUGGUUUUAAUUGAUCCAGAGUACUUAAAGGAGAGGAAAGUUUUUGUGACACUGACGUGUGCCUUUCGCUAUGGACGCGAGGACUUGGAUGUUCUUGGCUUGACGUUUCGCAAGGACCUCUUUGUGGCCAACAUUCAGGCGUUUCCUCCCAUGCCGGAGGAGAAGAAGAGCUUGACGCGGCUUCAAGAGCGACUGAUCAAAAAACUCGGCGAGCAUGCCUACCCUUUCACCUUUGAGAUUCCCCCAAACUUACCCUGUUCUGUCACAUUACAACCAGGACCAGAAGAUACAGGCAAGGCCUGCGGGGUCGACUUUGAAGUCAAAGCUUUCUGUGCAGAAAAUGUUGAAGAGAAAAUUCACAAAAGGAAUUCAGUGCGCCUUGUCAUCAGAAAAGUGCAGUAUGCUCCAGAGAAGCCGGGCCCACAGCCAAUGGCUGAGACCACGAAACAGUUUCUCAUGUCAGACAAACCUUUACACAUGGAAGCCUCCCUUGACAAAGAGAUAUACUAUCAUGGUGAACCAAUCAGUGUCAACGUCCAUGUCACAAACAACACAAACAAGACUGUAAAAAAGAUCAAGAUUUCAGUACGUCAGUAUGCAGAUAUUUGUCUAUUCAACACUGCCCAGUACAAGUGCCCAGUAGCGACAGAAGAAUCUGAUGAUAUUGUGGCUCCCAGCGCUACAUUUUGUAAAGUAUACACUCUCACCCCAUUCCUCGCCAACAACCGAGAGAAGCGAGGCCUGGCUCUGGAUGGCAAACUCAAACAUGAAGACACAAACUUAGCCUCGAGUACACUGUUAAGAGAUGGAGCCAAUAAGGAAAUGCUGGGAAUAAUUGUGUCCUACAAAGUAAAAGUGAAGCUUGUGGUGUCUCGUGGAGGGCUGCUGGGAGAUUUUACCUCAAGUGACGUUUCCGUGGAACUUCCCUUUACAUUAAUGCACCCCAAACCUUUGGAAGAAUCGUUCUACAGAGAUGCCCCAGAAAACGAAGCCCCUAUUGACACAAACCUCAUUGAAUUUGACACAAAUGAUGACGACAUCAUCUUCGAGGACUUCGCUCGACAACGGCUGAUUGGGGCAAAGGACGACAAAGACGAAGACGAGGAGGGCGUGGAUUCUCCCAAGCUGAACGACAGAUAGACCCAUUGAGGGUUUUCCUGGUGUCAUGAUGUUCGAGAGACCCUUUUAAAAUAGCCUGGGUUAAAGUGGGACACCCUUUAACACGCUCACAGUGGUGCAGUUGUUGUGUACUUGUUCACAUUCGUCUCUUCCAUCCAGCGAGGGUGUAAAAUAAAACGUAGGCUAUGUGUAGAGAAACGUGACCGUCAAAGCGAUUAGAAGGUGAGGUUUUAGUUGACAGGCCCGCCACUGAGUGCCUCAGAUACUCAAGGGUCUUCUGGGUAUAGGCAACGGCAUUUCAUCAACGUCAGUGGUAGCAUGCCUUUGUUGUUGCUUUGUUUUAGAGAUUCCUCUUUGGAUUAGGACAUAGGAGGGGUUGAAACCAUAUAUAAUGUAUGGAGUUUGUUCUGUUUUACUGUUAAAGGAACUGGAUUUUUAUUAUGAAAGCUGCCAAAUUGAUUAAUUUUUAUAAUACAUUGAGUAUUUAGUUCAUUGAAAAAGUGGAAAUGUGUUACUGUAGCCUACGGGUCUGAUGUAGUCAGAUUAAUUUAGUCACGUUAAAUUAUAUUUUUGACUUGAAUGAUAUUUAGAGAUCAUGGUUAGAUUACCUGAAACAACAUUUAUUUAUAUGCUAGGCUACUAGUUUUUGUCAUUGCAGAACUAGGCUGCUUUUAUUUCGAUGUCUUAACGCAUCCAGAUUUUUACUCAUUUAUACAUCUCUGACACAAUGCAGCAACCAUUUAUGGCACUUUUUUCUGUACAAUCUUUAUCAUUUAUAAAAAUGGGUUUCUAUGAAAUCAUAUAGGCUAAUUAUAUAAACCACACCUAUAUAUGUUUAAAGGACUAUAUAUUGCUAUAUGAUAUUUUUACAUAAGCGUUACGAGAGAGCGCUUAUAAACAGUCAUUUGUUACGAACAUUCCACCUAAUCUGAACAAAGUCAAUCCUCUAUGGACAUUUGAACAAUUGUCUGAAUCAUUUCCAGUGAAUCUCUAAACUGGAGAGAGCCACUUCAAUCAGAUCACAGAUAACCAGAAAUGUAUACAUUGCAAAGAUGAUCUGCUUUCUAUAUGAAAGAGGCCUUGACGUAAUGCACGAAACAUCAAUAAUUUUUACGUUUUGUGAAUCAAACAUUUGUAAGAAACACAGAAAUAUGAAAAAAGGCUAAGAAUUAAGACAAAAAUGGUACUACCAAGAAAUUGAAUCACAUGGGAUAAACUAUUUCAAUUAAUAAAUUAUUAAAUAAUACGUGAAGAAAUAAUCAUGAAACAAGAGAUAUGGUAUUGAAAAUUAAAAAAUGGCAUUGAUGAAUUUUAAAUGACAAUAUAUUAAAUAUAUAGGAUGAUGUAUACAGUAUAUAAUGAAGUCUUUGUCUCUUGGUUUAAAUUCUGUAUUUAUGUAUUUGUAUAUUCCGAAAUAAAUGUAGGUGUCAGUAUA